AUGUCAGAUGUCUCCAACCUGUGGUGCAAAUUUUACUCGAAUAUAGUUGAUACUGGUCACAUUGUCAUUUUGAUUUCGAUUGCGGUGCGCACGGGUUUGGGCUGUGUACAAUCGCAUGCUAUUAGCGAGAUUGAUUUGGCUGCAAAUUUUGCAAUUUACGCUGCGUUGGAUGUUCCAAAGUCGAGUUCUUAUAUCACCACGACAAAACUUGGCGGCUUAAAUAUCAAUGCGCCAAUUGAGCAAAAUCUUGAUCUGAAACAUCGCCCUUCAUGCUUUAAAAUCCAUGCACUUCUCUUUCUGCAAAUUAAGCUUGCCGAGCCAAUUCCGUGUCUCACACAAAUUACCAUUUUCAGCCCCUGGCAAAAAUUUGUGUUAUCGUGA